AUGGACUCUACAAAUGGCGAGGGUGUCUCUAUUGAGGACAAGCUGGACCGUAUAAGGUUGCAGAUCAACUCAAAGCUGGACAACCAGAAACAACUGGCCAUCAUUCUAUCAGCUGUCGAGGAGAACAUCGAGGAGCAGAAGACCAAGAAGAGUGAGGUUGCCUACUUUGUCUCUUUUCUAGGACUUUUGCAGCAGAGUAUUCAAAAUGAUGAAAUUGUGGACUUGAGCUUGGCCACGGUGUCGGCAUACUUCUUGGACUUGUUCUUCCCAUAUCUUCCAGCACAACUGCUGAAGUCGAGGUUUUCAGAUAUACUCACCAUGUUGGCCCCUGCCUUGACGAAUGAGGCCUCGGAAGCCCCUUUGAUUAGAUCUUCUGUUGGUGCUUUGGAAGCCUUGCUGUUGGCCCAGGAUCAUGCCUCGUGGGGAUCCAAUGUGAGUGUCUCUCCAAGAAGAGGUUUGUACGGUCUAUUGGAGCUGUCAUUGGACCCAAGACCAAAAGUCAGAAAGAGAGCUCAGGAAGCCGUCCAUAAGAUCCUGUCACUGCCACCACCUGGCCCAACUGUGGAGCAUCCUGCUGCCAACUUGCCAGCCGAGUUUGUGCUGGAAUCCUUGGUGGAGCUGUUGAAGAGUAGAAACAAAAAUAAGGCCCAUACUGAUAAAGACCUGAGUUCAAAGAUGAUCCACAACUUGCAGUUGAUCACUUCCAUCACAUCUGCAAAUGCCUGGCCUUCAAGACAAAUUGAGCCAUUGUGUGAUGCCCUAUUGGAACUCUCCAAGACCACAGACCAGUAUCUGGUUUCCGGUGUUUUCAACGCAUUCGAAGGGCUUUUCAGUUCAAUGAACGACGAGAUUGAUAAAGACAGAUUUGUUGCCGUUUUGAACAUUAUUUUCGAUUUGAAGCCUUCUGUAAAUGAUGUGCAUCUUGCUGCUUCUUGGUUGGCCGUUGUCGCCAAGGCUGUGAGUUCAUACGCCAAGGUGGAUUCUUUGGCAUGUUUGGCCAAGCUUCCUGAUGUCUUUAAAAUUGUGAUGCAAUAUUUUGCAUCUGAUUCUGAGAAUAUCUACAUCAGUGCGUCUCAGUGUUUAAUUGCCAUUAUUGUUGAGGGCAUUGAAGACAACUCUUUGCUCCAGCCUUCCAAGUCUAACGGUGUUGAUAACCGGACCUACGAAGCUGUUGAUGAUGUGAUUACUGAGAUCGCUGAAGUCACGUUGACCCUCUGUGGAGUCAAAUACGCACAUGCUGCCAAAGAGGUCAUGGAGCUGUUGACUGCCAUUUUUACGAAGCUGAGGGUUAGAUCCAACCCUGAUUUCUUGCCUCAUUUGGAACAGGUUGGAAAUUGGAGAUCCGAUGAAGAACGUUUCCAGUACAAAGCUGAGGCUGAUGCUGUUAUUUCCUCGGCUCUUCUUGCUCUUGGACCCGAGGUUGUGAUCUCUGUUCUUCCUCUUAACCUGGAUAGGCCAGACCAGGUGGGAAGGGCCUGGUUACUGCCAUUGUUGAGAGAUAAUAUCAGAAACGCCAAACUCGGCUUCUUCCUCUCAUACUUUUCACCAUUGUUGGAAUUUUUCGCUGAAAAAGUGGAGAAUGCGGAGGACAAACAAUCCAUGCACAUCAAGAUCUUUCAGACCAUCAUUGAUCAAGUGUGGUCUCUCUUGCCACACUUUUGUGACUUGCCAUUAGACCUCAGAUCAAGUUUCACAGACGAAUUUGCUGCAAAACUGUCGGGAUUGCUGUAUGAAAAAGUUGAACUCCGUGUGACCAUCUGCCAUUCUUUGAAGCUGCUCGUGGAGAGUAACCUUGCAUAUGCAGAUGGUGCAUUGACCGAUGACCUAAUGAUGCAGCAACAAUUUCCAGAAAGUGAGGCCAAAAAGAACGUCAAAUAUUUGGCAGCAAAGGCCUCGAAGAUUCUUUCGGUUCUUUUCAACGUUUUCACGCAGACCGCUGCUUCGUCCAGGGGAUAUGUUCUGGAGACCAUCGAUGCCUACCUGCAGAUCACUCCCAAGGAUGAACUGGAAGCCACCUUCAACAAAGUUUGUGGAAUCCUUAAAAAUGCCAUGGAUGAAGAAGCUUCUGGAAAACCUUCGCAGAAGAAGGAAUCUGUUGAUUUCCCCAAAAUGAGCAUCACUAUGAUGGACCUGGUGGUUGCCAUGUCCAAGUAUGUUCCUGAGACGUCGCACAAUGCCCUGCUGACAAUUUUCAACCAAACUCUUACAUACCAAGAUGCUUCCAUUCAGAAGCGUUCUUAUCGUAUCUUGACAAAAAUGUUCGAAACUGAGGCCGGUGUUGAGUCUGCGAAGAAGUACUUGAGAGACAUUGAGAGCUCCAUCAUUGCCUCCACAGAUUCUUUGAUAGCCACAGCCAAGGCCUCGCGAUUAGCUGCAAUUGUUGCCAUUAUUGACAUUUUGCCUUCGUCGGAUCUGUUUUUCAUUCCUUCAGUGCUAUCAGAAAUUAUUAUGGCAACCAAGAACGUGAAUGAGAAGACCAGAGAAUUGUCCUAUGCGGCCCUCAUCAAGAUGGGUAAUAAGAUGGAGGAGGGCGGUGUCAUUGAGAAUUCCAAGGUUCCUUCAAUGGAUCCAGAAAUGCCUGAUUCAGAGGCUAAUUUAGAAACUUAUUUCACCAUGUGUUCUGCUGGUUUGGUGGGUUCUACUCCUCAUAUGGUCAGUGCUGCCAUCACUGCCAUGAGCUGUCUGCUCUACGAAUUUCGUCCCAGAAUGAACACCGAGCUGUUGUUAGAGAUAUCCACCACCGUUGAGCUGUUUUUGGAGUCUAACAACAGAGAAGUUGUCAAAUCUGCAAUUGGUUUCGUGAAGGUUGCCGUUCUGACCUUGCCAAUUGAGAUUGUUGCCGGUAACCUUGGCGCUUUACUGCCUAACUUGAUGAGAUGGUCCCACGAACAUAAGGGACAUUUCAAAUCGAAAAUAAAGCAUAUCAUUGAGAGAAUGAUCAGAAGAUUUGGCUACGAUACCAUUGAAGCCAAUUUCCCAGAAGAAGACAAGAAACUGCUGCUGAACAUCAAGAAGUCCAAGGACAGAGCCAAGAGGAAGCAGCAGCAAGAGCCUGAGCAGGAGAAGAGAACUGAGGCUAAGACGACAUAUGCUUCUGCCUACGAUGAGGCUCUCUACAAAUCCUCGGACGAGGAAGAUUCAGAUGAAGAAAUGGAGGAGGCACAGGCACCUAGAAGAGGUGAUCAUGGCAAUAACAGGUACAUCUCUGAGUCCAAGGGUGCUCCUCUGGAUUUGCUUGAUCGUCAAGCGAUUUCGCGUAUCACGUCUUCCAAUCCUAAAAAUGCCCGCAAACCAAAUUCCAAUGCCUCAAACUUCAAGUCCAGAAACGGCAGAAUUGUUAUUGAUGCUGGUGAAGAUGAGGAUCCAUUCAAGGGUAAGGACUCUGGCUUGAAUGCCUAUGUGGAAGCUGUGAAGCAGGGCCCGGUUAGGGGACAAAGGAACAAGCUCAAGUUCAAAAGAGGUAAAAAUGCUCGUGAUGAUGAUUUCGGUGAUGAUGAUGAAGACGACAAGCCGGUUUCGAGACCAAAUGGCAGAGGAAACUCCUUUGCUGGUUCUCGUGGUGGAAGAGUUAGCAAGCCAAGAGGAGGAGGCCCGCCAAGAGGAGGUCCCAAAUUCAAGUCCAGAAAGAAGUUGUAA